AUGAAAGCUACCCCGUUGCUUAUUGCCUGGCACAACGAGAACGCCCCCGUUUAUUCAGUACAUUUCGAUCCGCAUGUUAAGGGACGAUUUGCAACUGCUGGAAAUGAUAACAAUGUCCGAAUUUGGAAACUCGAAAGUACCGGAGAAGAACGCAGAGUCACAUAUUUGAGCACGUUGAUAAAACACACCCAAGCCGUCAAUGUGGUCCGAUUUUCGCCAAAAGGUGAAAUGCUGGCGUCAGCAGGUGACGAUGGAAAUGUCUUGCUCUGGGUACCGUCAGAAUUAUCCAUAACACCUCUUGGAGAGGAUCACUCAGACGAUAAGGAGACUUGGCGAGUGAAGCACAUGUGCCGGUCCUCGGGAGCUGAAAUCUACGAUUUGGCUUGGUCCCCAGAUGGUGUUUUUAUUAUCACUGGCAGUAUGGACAAUGUUACUCGAAUUUACAAUGCUCAAACAGGACAAAUGGUUCGACAGAUCGCUGAACAUUCACACUAUGUUCAAGGCGUGGCCUGGGAUCCGCUCAACGAGUUUGUUGCAACGCAAUCGUCAGACCGAUCCGUACACAUUUAUAGUUUAAAAACUAAAGACGGACAAUUCUCCUUGACUACUCACGGUAAAUUCUUGAAAAUGGACCUCCCUGCACGCCGAAUCCCAGCAAGCAGCCCUGCUCCGACAGAGACCAAGACUCAAUCCAUUGCCAAUGGACUGUCGAUCGCCUCACCAGCACCAUCUACUCCGGGCACACCAAAAACAACGACCAUGCCGAUGGAUCCACCUCCUGUAUCUCAUAGCCGACGGUCCUCUUUUGGGUCUUCACCUUCAAUUCGCCGAUCGGCUUCACCGGCUCCAUCAUUACCAUUGCCUGCUGUCAAGCCUAUGGAAGUUUCCUCGCCAAGCCUGUUUGGAGGGUUGGGAGUCAGAAAUGCCAAUCUCUACGCAAACGAGUCUUUUACAUCUUUCUUCCGUCGACUGACAUUUACUCCCGAUGGUAGCUUGCUGUUUACACCGGCGGGUCAGUUCAAGACGACGCAAGGAUCUACAAGUGACUCCAACAAGGGAAAUGAAGAAGUCAUCAACACAGUCUAUAUCUACACAAGGGCGGGAUUCAACAAACCACCUAUUGCACACUUGCCUGGUCACAAGAAACCGUCCGUUGCGGUGAGAUGUUCUCCGAUAUAUUACACACUCCGACAAGGAUCUCGGCCUACUACUCACAUCACACUUGAUACAUCUUCUGGUGACGACAGCUUCCCAGCCCUGCCAGAUCCUGUCGUGAGUUCGAACAUCACGAGUCAUCCGUCAAUGGAACCACCACCUUCUUCUGGUGAUCAGUCGAAACCAGUAGUGUCUUCUAAGACCGACAACGAGUCGCCUAGUUCUGCCUUUGCUCUGCCUUAUCGUCUUGUCUAUGCAGUAGCUACGCAGGAUGCAGUGCUGAUCUAUGACACGCAACAGCAGACUCCGCUGUGCGUUGUGAAUAACCUUCAUUUUGCAACAUUUACAGAUUUAAGCUGGUCUUCCGACGGCUUAACGCUUAUUAUGAGCUCGUCUGAUGGAUUCUGCUCGACUCUUUCAUUCGCCCCAGGAGAAUUAGGCCAAAUCUAUACACAUCCUGUUUCGUCAUCAAACCCAACAACACAUCACCAUCAUACUCUGUCGGCAAGUUCCUCGUCGAACAACACGCCUUUACCAACACCUACGAAUACUGUAUCUCCUUCCUUGACAAAACUUCAGCCAGUACCGGCUCCUGGACCGACUGGUGGUACGGGUCGUGCUGGCAGCCCUGCACGAUCAUCAUCGGCUUCUUCAAUUCAGACACUGCAAGCAUUACAAUCGGGCAAUGUCGUCAACAACCCAACACCCACUCUUGGCACUGUGCCGCUUGUGACUGCUACCAAUUCACUUCCCCUGACCACCCCGCCUCAAACCCCAUUACCGGGUGUAUCGCAUAGCGCUACAAGUUCGUUCAGUAGCACGGUUCUGGGUAAGCGCGAUAUUGGUGCAGCUAGUGAAUCCGAAAAGGAAGACGCCAAGCGAGAGACUGCCGAGUCCGAAAAACCGGCGAAAAAGCGACGGAUUGCGCCUACACUGGUAUCCAAGGAUUCGGCAAGUUUUGCUAGUGAACCAGUCGAGAAGAAGCCGGAAACACCACAGUCUGAGACGGUUGAACCAGCUCAGCAUGCUGAAGAGGUUGAAGAGACUGAGAAGGUCGAUCAACCAGCAGCAGCUCAAUAG